GCUGGAAAAGAAGAGAUAGGUAACGUCUCUCUCUAACACUUUGUUCUCAAAGUCUCGUCCAUCUUCUUUACUUUCGUAUUGGCAAGUUCUUGUAUAUAUCUUGUCGCAAGGGAAGUUGCUAGCUUGUUAUAUUAGUUAUCGUCGAGUUGAUUUUAGUAGUGUUGGGAUGGCUCAAACAGUGGGGAGGAACAUAGCAGCACCGCUGCUGUUUCUGAACCUCAUAAUGUAUAUAAUAGUGGUGGGUUUUGCGAGCUGGAACCUGAACCACUUCAUUAAUGGCCAGACUAACUAUCCUGGGGUGGCCGGCAAUGGUGCGACAUUCUACUUCCUGAUAUUCGCAAUACUCGCCGGCGUGCUCGGCGUUGCAUCGAAGCUAGCCGGUGCCAACCACAUUAGAGCUUGGAGGAAUGAUAGCCUCGCCGCGGCUGCCUCAUCUUCGGUCGUUGCAUGGGCCAUUACUGCCUUAGCCUUUGGGUUGGCAUGCAAGGAGAUCAACAUUGGAGGUCACAGGGGAUGGAGACUCAGGACUUUGGAGGCCUUCAUCAUCAUAUUGACCUUCACUCAGCUUCUCUACGUGUUGAUGCUGCAUGCAGGGGUGUUCAGUAGCAAGUAUGGGCCCGGGUACAGAGAUCCGGAUUAUGGGCUGGGUGGUGGGCCGGGAGUUGAACCGGCCCAGAAGGGAACCAGGGUUUAAUUAGUGGCUUCUAUGUAGGUAUCCAGGAAUGAGGAGUAGACAAAAUGGCUUCUCUCACCUUUGUUUGCUGGUGUUAGAGCUUUAAUUCGUCUCCUCGUUUCAAUUAUUUAGAAUUAUGAAUGAUGAUGUACAUAUUAGUGUAGUAUCUGUAUCCUAUGUUAUCACUCUGUUGGAUAUCGCAUUAGUGGUCCAAGUUGAAGGUGUGUCCGUCCUUCUGUAUCAUUGUUCCUGUUAUGUGCUUGAUGAAACUUGAUGGAUGGUCUAUCUUUAUGAAAAAUGUAACGC